AUGACUUCGAGAAAUACCUUUGCUGAAUUAAGAAAACUCGCUAAGGAACGCGGUCUACAUGGCUACGCAAAGCUCAGAAAGGCCGAGAUUAUCGAAUUAUUGGGACCAACUACCGUUUCAGCACCGGUUGGACCGGUACCCAUGCCGAGACCCUCGAGACCCGUACCGGUGUCGAGACCUAGACCGAGACCGAGACCGAGACCGGCACCUAGACCGGUGUCGAGACCGAUACCGGCACCUAGAUACACCGGACCGCCUAGACUCUACAGCCCUUUACCAACAUCUAGACCCACCAUACAUGUACCACCUACAUCAAUCAAAUCUCUGGGGAGUUUUCUAGGAUCCGAUGGAUCUGUACCCAUACCAACACCGAGACCGAGACCUAGACCAUUUGGAUCUGGCUCUGACAUGGAUAUUUUUGAGCAGGAAGAAAUGGCUAAAACCAGACCUAUAGUGAAAAAGGUUGAUGAAGGAAGUGCUCAGGCAGAAGAAGUCGCUGAAGACUCAGGCUACACUGUGGGUGAAAUGGGUAAAGGAGGACACCGGCUCGACCGAUGCCCCACGUGUAUAUGUUGA